CUCAUUCGCUCGCUCGCUCCCGCCCCUCCCUCCCCGCGCACGCGCGGUGACACCCGAGCGGAGCCGUUGCCAUGGCGCUGCUGCCCGCCCGCCUGGCCCGGGUCUCGCGCCGCGCGGCUUUCAGCGCCUCUCACCGGCUGCACAGCCCGUCGCUGAGUGAUGAAGAAAAUCGGAAGCUUUUUGGAAAAUGUAACAACCCCAAUGGCCACGGCCACAACUAUAAAGUGGAAGUAACUGUGCAAGGAGAGAUCAAUCCUCUUACAGGGAUGGUGAUCAACCUUACGGAUCUCAAUGCCUACAUGGAGGAAGCCAUAAUGGAACCUCUUGAUCACAAGAAUCUGGAUAAAGACGUCCCCUACUUUGCAGAUGUUGUCAGUACUACUGAAAAUGUUGCUGUGUUCAUUUGGGACAAUCUCCAGAAAUGCCUUCCUACGGGGACCCUUUAUAAAGUCAAAGUAUAUGAAACUGAGAAGAACAUUGUGGUUUACAAGGGAGAGGGAGCUGCUUCCAAGAAGUGAGAUGCUUGUGAUUGUGCCGUCUGUGCCGUUAAUUGUCAGUGAACAACUCAGUCAGUCUGUCAACCAUCCAUCCAUCCACCAAUGUAUUAUUGCACUUGUGAUUGUAGAUGUUGACCUCUUUGUUAAAGAAUCAUGUCAGUGAGUAGAUAUGAAGCAGAUGUUUUAUGCAACUUGGUGGUAUCAAAUUUUCCUGCUGUGCAAGCAUUCAGUUUGAUCCGAGUAAGAAAGAUAGCAAUUCUUUGUUCAUUACUGUUUGUUCCUGUUUCAAGAGAAAGUCACUGCUUUUUCAAUGAUGAUAAGUGUAAAUCCCAGGGCUUAUUUGAAUACAGUAGGGAAUUUUCCUGGUCCCAAGCAGCUUAUUUCCCUUUCCCGAACUACUGCAGUGAAUUUACUGCAUAAUUAAGCCAAUUGCUAUAAUUAAGGUCAUUCCCGUACUCUUUUAUGCAAGUUAUGGUUGUUCAGUUGCUAAGUCGCGUCCGACUCUUUGUGACCGCAGGGACCACAGCAUGCCGCCCCCUCCCCCCUCCACUGUCUCCUGGAAUUUGCCCAAAUUCAUGUUCAUUGCGUCAAUAACAUUAUCUACCCAUUUCAUGCUCUGUUGUCCCCUUGUCUUUUUGCCUUCCACCAUCUUUCCCAACACCAGGGUCAUGUUUUAUGCAAGAAUGCUAGCUAGAAAGCUCCAGCUCUGGGUUCUCCCACAAACUCAGUAAACAUCCCUCAGCAAGCCUUUUCUCAGUUUCAUCUGGGGCUGGUCUGCUUGUGUGGCAGCAAUUUUACCGCAUUUUUAAAAAGGACAUUCUCAACUGCGUAGAUAUAUCUCAUGUGAUAUUUUGGGGGGAAGCAGUACAAAGAUGUCUGCCCUUGCCUUCUGGAUGGUUUUUUAUUUUUACUUCUAACUUAGCCAACAAUCCUGGGAUUUCCUGGCAGUCUCUCAUCAAUGUACUAGCCAGGUCUGAUUAAUUGGGGAGGAAGGGGAUGCAGUGAGUCACUGUCGACCUGACACGACCCACGUCUGAAGCCUCACGCAGCCUUACAGUAUUAUUGAAUAUGUAAACUCUGCCUAAUCAAAUGUUCCAUAAACAUUAUGGAUGAAUGUGAUUCCCACUGAGAUUUAAUUUCCUGUGGUCAGCUGUCAUUAAAUGCUGUAUUUGCAACUGAA